UCGUAUUGGGGAUUUUGAUUCUGCGUUGAGUAUUUUGAAUGCGAUGCUUGCGAGUAGACACUCUCCCACGCCUGCAACGUUUGUGUGUUUGGUUAAUGGGCUGGUGAAAGGAGGUAACUUGGACCAUGCUUGCUUUGUGUUGGAGGUGAUGGCAAAGAAAAAUUUAAGCUUUGGAUCUGGUGCUUGGGAAAAACUAGUUAGUGGUCUCUGUAUUAAGGAUGGAGGAGGUUUUUGUGAGGCUUUGUCAGAAGUUAUUUCUACCUAAGCAGUGUGUGCUCUCUCUUAAAGGCUGCAAGAUACUCUUUCUCCUUGUUUUAUCUCUUGCCAUUACUUUUGUCUCUCCUGCUCGGCUUCUUAAUGAAGAAGAAGAAGAUAUUGGCUUGGUUCCUAUGCCUACCACAAGUCCUGGUCCAUUACCAACGUCUGGUUCAGGCCUUUUCCCCACUUCAACUGGUAUCACUUCAGGUACAGGUCCAGCCUCAGGCAGUUCUGGUUCCUUGAAUACUUUAAGUGGCUCUGGACCUCUACCAACCACUGGUUCUACUCCUUUACCGGUUGCUAGUUCUGGCCCCGGUCCUCUUCCAACCACCGGUUCAGGUCCUUUUCCGGUUGCUAGUUCUGGUCCUUUGCCUGCUGCUGGCUCAGGGCCUUUGCCGACUGUUGGCACAGGUGCAGGUGGUUUACUUCCUGACCACACCUUGGUUUUCUUUAUGCACGAUAUACUCGGUGGCUCAAACCCAACAGCCAGGGCCGUGACUGGAGUCGUUGCAAACGCAGCUCUCAGUGGCCAGCUUCCAUUCGCCAAGCCCAACGGCGCAAACCUCCCUGUCAGCAACGGCGUUCCAUCUAACAGUAACAACAACGGAAUCCUCAACAACAACAACGUCCCGCUUCUGGUCGGUCUAGGCGGAACCACUUCAAACAUUCUACAGAACAACGGGAACAACCUCUUGAACGGUCUCCCCGUUGCUAACGGUGGUCAGCUCCCAUCUGGCUCGUCCCUUCAGAUGCUCAUGUUUGGGACGAUGACGGUGAUGGACAACGAGCUAACCGAAGGGCAUGAGCUCGGGUCAGGUCUGCUUGGUAAAGCCCAGGGCUUCUACGUGGCAAGCGCCGUGGAUGGAACUAGUCAGACUAUGGCUUUCACGGCUAUGUUUGAGAGUGGUGGUUAUGAAGAUAGCAUCAGUUUCUUCGGUGUGCAUAGAACGGCUGCAUCAGAGUCUCAUCUUGGGGUCAUGGGUGGUACGGGGAAGUAUGUGAAUGCGAGAGGAUAUGCCGUUGUCAAGACUUAUACUGGUGGUAGUGGGAACUCACAGCAGCCGCACCAGUUCACAGAUGGGCUUGAGACUGUCCUGGAGUGCACCGUUUAUCUUUCUUACUAGUUCUUUUUGUUUUUGUAUUUGAAUUGCGUUGUGUUCUUUCAUCUUUGUCAUCUUAAUAGUAACAACAAAACCUAUUAAUUUGAUAACAAAUUUCAUGUUGAUUACAAGUUAUACUAGCUAAUGAUCCGCGCUUUGAGUGGAAUGUGAUUAUUAGUUUCGUUAUUUUUAAUAAAAAGACAUUAAAU